CGUGUGAUAACACUCUUUGUUGCAUGGAAUUUUGUUGUUGAUCACGUAGCACUACAUGUCAACAACCAAAAUUCAUCCUUCUUAUCAUUUAAUCUUUUAUUUUAUGUUCCUUUUCUGAUCAUCUCUUGCAAAUGAUCAUACUCUUCAUUAAUCUUUCUGCCAUGAGUUUUAUAAACUCUGUGUUGAACUGGAUGGUGCCUCCUGCUAGCUUGGUGAUGCUAGCAUGUUCAUGGCCAGCCUUAUGCUUUAUCAAUACAUGUGAGUGGCUCUACAAAUCUUUCUUUAGUGAGGAUAUGGAGGAUAAAGUUGUUAUAAUCACUGGAGCUUCUUCUGGCAUAGGAGAACAAAUUGCAUAUGAAUAUGCGAAGAGGAAAGCAAUUCUUGUUCUGAUUGCACGUAAAGAGCACCGGCUCAGAGGGGUCAGUGAGAAAGCUAGGUAUAUUGGUGCAAAGCAUGUCCUGAUUAUGGCUGCAGAUGUUGUCAAGGAGGAUGAUUGCAGGAGAUUUGUCAAUGAGACCAUAAAUUACUUUGGUCGGGUGGAUCAUCUUGUCAACACAGCUAGUUUGGGACAUACAUUUUACUUUGAAGAAGUAGGAGACACCUCUGUGUUUCCCCAUUUCUUGGACAUAAACUUUUGGGGAAAUGUCUAUCCAACUUAUGUGGCUCUUCCAUACCUACGUCAGAGCAAUGGACGAGUUGUUGUUAAUGCAGCAGUUGAGAGCUGGUUACCUCUGCCGAGAAUGAGCUUAUAUGCUGCUGCAAAGGCUGCCCUGGUGAGCUUCUACGAGUCACUGAGAUUUGAAGUGAAUGGAGAAGUUGGAAUAACAAUUGCAUCUCAUGGUUGGAUUGGGAACGAAAUGAGUAGAGGCAAGUUCAUGCUAGAGGAUGGAGCUGCGAUGCAAUGGAAAGAAGAGAGGGAAGUAAACGGGACUGGUGGUCCAGUGGAGGACUAUGCAAAGAUGAUUGUGUCGGGAGCUUGCCGAGGACAUCAAUAUGUCAAGUACCCAAGCUGGUAUGACAUAUUCCUCCUUUACAGGAUGUUUGCACCUGGAAUUCUCAACUGGGCUCUUCGAAUGUUGCUUGCACCGAAUGGUUCAAGAAGAACGUCUCUGGUAGGCACCGGGAGACCUGCAUUAAUUUGAAGGCGGCGGAUCUCCAAGGAAACUUCUUACUGGUCCUCUUACCUUCUUCCAUCCCAAUCCCGAGCAAACGCAGAUGCAGAAACUGUAAUAAAAAGAAAGAAAAAGCCUCGUCUCAGUAAUCAAUCAUGCAUUUGAGCUCUUUUAUAGCUGGUUUUGCUUACUUACUGUCCAUUUGUGGCUUUGUGAUAUUUUAUGCUGAGAAUAAACUGGAGUUCUCUUGUGAUUUGUUCAAU